UGCUUGGGCUGCUGCUGCUGCUGCUGCUGCAGCCGCCGCCACUUCCCCUCCGGAUGCGUCCUCGCCCGCCCCCCACCCUUCGGCCGCGCUGCCUCGCAGCCCAUCCUCAUCCGCGUGAGGAACGUUUACCCCCAGCGCCUCGCCUCCGUGCACAAUGACCAGCGGCCAGGAGUGCGGGCAGGUGCAGGCCAGUGAAUCUGAAGUUUCAGCUUUGGAAGAUAAAGAUAGUAGCAGUUCUAAAGAUGAAGAUUCUGCUCAGGAAAACAACUUGGGUAACGACAGUUCCCAAAGCGACUCGGAAAGCAGCUCUGAAAGCAAGUCUGAUGAGGAACUGAAAAUGAAAGAAGAACCGCCAUUGCAUUGUGUUGAAUCAGAGGUUAAUAUCCAUCGACACUGUGAACGCUGCAAGAUCCCACAAAACCAGCAUGAACAAGUAGCUCCCAGAAAACUUUCCAGAGGACGAUUCUGGUUGAAGUUGGACGGUGAAGGAAUUUAUCAGUGUGCAAUCACAGGGUUGAUCUUCGAAGUAACCAAAGCUGCAGUCAUUGAGUAUUCCCUUUUGUCUUGGACCAAGUAUGCUGCUUACCUUAAAGAUCCCUGGAUUGUCGUGGGCCCCAUAUUUGAUGUCAAGUGCAAAUCACCCUCUGUUCUCACUUCCAUUCAGUUUCCACACGCCCUCUGCCUGAAUGACCAUUCCUCUGACAUGACCUUCAACGUGUUCCAUUUCAAAAGCAACGGUCCAGAAUUUGAGCGUUCUGCUGAUCACUCAACCACACAUGUCAAAUGGUGUGUGAGCUCCCUGUCCCCUGUUGGCCCAGUUAUUGAGAAAUACGAUCCAGUGUGUUACCACGGGGUUGUUAUUUUAUACAAAGUUGUCAACGACCACCCUUCCUUGAAAUUCCAUGUGUAUGUAGCCGGCAACAACAGCUCGUUUAUAAAGGAUGUGUCAAAAACCAUACAGCGCUCUUCCAAUAGAUUCAUUAAAAUCGAGAAACCCCCUUGUCAUAAAUUACUCCAAGUUGGGAAGAAAUACAAAUUAACUAGUGUCCCAGAAGCUGACAUAAACCCUGAGGAAAUGGAGUUUGUUGAUGACUCUACGCUAGCACAGAAACAUUUCUUUGAGGUAUAUUUAGAACAUCCAACAGAACUUGUGUUAUCUUUGAUGGAUGUGGAGUCAGAAGAAACUGUGUGGAAAGCAAAGCUACGAGAAUGUGACUGGAUCCUACAUAACCAGAAUAACAAUAAGCAGAAAAGAUCCACUAACAGCACAAGACGACGAAAAUCCAGCACCAGUCUUUCAGAAGAUGAGCUUUGUAACAAACGGCUAAAAGCCAUCAAUGCUUCAGAUGGAACAAAAGCUUCAGCAGUACUAACUGAUCAACAGCUGAUGAUUCUUGCAAAGAAGAUGGGUAAAAACUGGAAAGUAAUUGGCAUUGAAUGCCUUAGCUUGUCCAUCGAAGACAUCCAGCAGAUUGAGGCAAAGGAAGAAGAUGUUAAUAUGUAUAAAUGCAUGAUGUUGCGGAAAUGGAGGGAUUCGGAACAGAAUAAUGGAACUGCCCGCAGUUUAUAUGAUUGUCUUAAUGGCCAGGCAUCCCAUGAUGUGCUAGAAAUUCUGACAGGUUUUUUUAAGAGCAGAUGCAAAGUCAUGAGGAAACAGCUUGAAAAAGAAGAAACAUCAGGAAUGUUCUUCCAUGUACAUUUUCCAAAAAAAAAAAAGAUGAAAAGGAACUUCGUCGUUCACUGCAAACUAUUUAAAACUUCUGGAGGGUUUCCAUGAAGUGACAAAGAUAGGCCAGUUGUGGAAACUUUGGAGCAGAAGAAAGAAAGGAAGAAGAAAAGCAUGUGGAACUGUGAACUCAUGCAAAUGCUUAGCUACUUGUUACUUUUUUACACAUGACUUCCCAGCCUGCCCUGCUGUCGGAGAUUCAGCCUUCAUGCGUGUUUUACCUGUGCAUGGAGAAUUAAUGCCUUCCAAAACCCUCUCAGGUCUCCUUGGGUUGCACUGCCUGGAUUAGCUGGGAUCUUCGCUCUCUUGUCUUCCACGUUCAUACCAGAGUUCAGGGACGGGACUGUGGUCUUUCACAUUUCAGCGGUCAAGAUUCACUGUCCUCUGCCUGUCACCUGCCAUUCUGCUCAAUUCACUGUGUCAUAGUUGCGCUGCCCUGCGGCUCCCCUAGGCUUGGAAUUCCCCUGCAGCAGAACAGGUUGUGCUUCCCUAAAUCCAUCUCUGCAGCGUUAUACAUCAGACACACACCUGAGAAGGGAUUUUUUUUUUCUACAUCCCCUUCGUGAAGAUACAAACAGGUUUGUCUUUUCACUCUCCAUGGGUGCAAUUGCACACACUGCGGUUCUUCAUGCUUUCCCUCUGCAGCAUUCCUGCUAUAGACUUUCCCAGUCCCUUGUCGAAGGGACUGAAAGCUUCCACUU